GGAUUCGAAAGUCCAUCGCCCAGAACCUUCAAAGUGGAUCCAAGGAAUUUACUGGCAAGCGUCCAAUGUCGUUCUCGGUGCUUGAACAACUUUGCGCGGCAAGCAUGAGCCUGCCCGAUUGCGGAUUUACGCAUCUCUACCUUGCCCUCUCGUGGAACUUGAUGUGCCGCUCCAAAUCUACGGAGACGAUACGAUUCGAGCACAUAUCGUGUGAGGACGAUGCCAUUGGGUUCGUCUUUCAUAAAACUAAGACAAGCCAAGAAG